ACCAGGCGAUGUGUAAGAACAGUCAUCAUCACGCCAGCAGCGCCCGACCUCUGCUCAGUCCGUUUUAUGUCAUCGCGGCGUUGAUAAGAUGGUUCUUCUCCAACGCACUCAUGUUCCUGCUGGACUUUAAUCUCUGUGGUCUCUGGCACUCUGAUUAUUUUGUGGACGCCAAGGCUGGUUAUCAUACAAGUCAUAAGCAGAGGAAGGUGGAGCCUCUGCUGCCCUGUGACACGGCGUAUCCCGGCUUCAUGUACGACUCGUCUGUCAAAGAGGCCAACAGCCUCAUCAAGUGUGGACGCUGCCAGAAGUACGACAUACACACACAAGCACUGAUACACUGAACUAAACCCAAAACCAA